AUUUGGGACUCGGAGAGACCUAACAAGUCAAGCGGUUUGAUUAUUUAGUGCGCUGACGCUUUAUCAGUGACUUGGAGGUGCGGACGUUAGCCUCCUUGUGCAGCUGCUGCUCUGUGCAGAAAGAUGGCUCGCUAUUGGCUGCUGUCUACGUCUAUACCUCGGAGCACUUCCGCGGCAGGGGAAAUAUUUUUCAAUUUUAGUGCAAUGAAUUGCCUUGAGCCGGACAGUAGUGGUUCCUACCAGUGGGGACGGCGGGAUAGGAUUUAUACACGAUAAGGUGUUAGGAUGGCCAUCAUCUCUGCGCAUGGGGUGAAGAUUGACUAGCCACACUGUCUGUCUCAAACUCAUCAAGUUUUCCAAACACCGGGUUGGAUUUCAAAGUCUUUCUUUUUCGUGACCAAAACAAUGAUGUUUUUAUUGGUAGUUAGUUUAUUUUUAUUGAAGAGUCCAUGCACGGCCGUGCGCAAUGUGUACUCUAACCACUGGGCAGUGCGCAUUGCAGGUGGUCCCGGGGAAGCGGACCACAUUGCCGCUAAGUAUGGAUACACCAACUUAGGACAGAUAGGAGGCCUGGAGGACCACUACCACUUCCACCACAGCAGAGUGGUGCGGCGGGCUGCCUUCGCCCUCAGAGGAGACCACAGCUUCAUCCACAUGGACCCCAGGGUGGACUGGGCCCAGCAGCAGCUAAUAAAAGCCAGAGUGAAGAGACACGUCAGCCCUGAUCCCAACGCCAUUCAUUUCAAUGACCCAAAGUGGGCCAAUAUGUGGUACAUUGGAUGUGCCAGUACCAGCAGCAACGGAAACAGCAGCUGUCGCUCGGGGAUGAACGUGAUGGGCGCGUGGCAGAGGGGCUACACUGGCCGGAACGUGGUGGUCACCAUCCUGGACGACGGCAUCGAGAGAAACCACCCCGACCUCGCCGAGAACUAUGACCAACUGGCGAGCUAUGAUGUCAACGGCAACGACCACGACCCCACCCCCCGCUACGACAAUAGCAACGAAAACAUACACGGGACAAGGUGUGCCGGGGAGGUUGCAGCUGUGGCCAACAACUCGUACUGCAUCGUUGGGAUCGCCUUCAACGCUCGCAUCGGAGGUAUUCGCAUGCUGGAUGGAGACGUGACAGACUUAGUGGAGGCCAAGUCCCUGGGGAUCCGGACGGACUACAUCGACAUCUACAGCGCCAGCUGGGGCCCCAAAGACGACGGCAAGACCGUGGAGGGCCCCGGGCCCCUGGCUAAACUGGCCUUUGAGAACGGCAUCAAGAAGGGUCGCAAGGGGCUGGGCUCCAUCUUCGUGUGGGCGUCGGGGAACGGCGGGCAACAGGCAGACCACUGCUCCUGCGACGGCUACACCAACAGCAUCUACACCAUCUCCAUCUCCAGCACCACAGAGAAGGGGAACCGGCCCUGGUACCUGGAGUCGUGCAGCUCCAUCCUGGCCGCCACCUACAGCAGCGCAGAGUUCCACGACAGGAGGAUUGUGACCACAGACCUGAGGCACCGGUGCACUGACGGCCACACGGGAACGUCUGUCUCCGCCCCCAUGGUGGCCGGCAUCAUCGCCCUGGCUCUGGAGGCCAACCCUCUGCUCGGCUGGAGAGACGUGCAACACCUGCUGGUGAAGACCUCCAGGCCCGUCCACCUGAAGGCCUGUGACUGGAAGACCAACUCCGCUGGACACAAAGUCAGCCAUCUGUACGGCUUCGGCCUGGUGGACGCUGAAGCUAUGGUCGUUGAAGCCAAGAGGUGGAGGAGCGUUCCCCCCCAGCACACCUGCCGCACAUCUGAACGGCACAUCAAGUACAUCCGGGCGGGCCAGAGUAUGAACAGCACCAUCAGCACCUCCGGCUGCUCCGCCGAGGGGGCGGGGCCUGGCGUGGCGUACCUGGAGCACGUGGUGGUCAAGGUGCUGCUGCUCCACCCACGCAGAGGCGAUCUGGAGAUCGAGCUGGUCUCCCCCGCAGGCACGCGCUCCCAGCUGCUGGCGAGGAGGUGAGAUAAGGGAGACCAGCAGACGA